GAGAGCCUUGUCGUCUUCUUGUCCAACUGUACUUUGUAAAUAUAGAAAAAAGUUCUGUGAUAAAGCGUGACGGUCGCGUAGGUACGGCGUACGCCCAUCGCAAUAAAAUCACAACAAAGCAACAACUAUGAGAAUUAUCUGACAAAUCUGUUCACAUUUUAUUUUUUUUGUUUUUGUUUUGUUAAGUCGUCUCAAUUAAUAUAAUGACUACUGUGAGUGCUAGUGCUGAAAACCUUUCAACCGAUGCCCAGAGUUGCGAUGGCGGAUCAAUGUGCUUGGAACUGGCACUGGAAGGGGAGAGACUCUGCAAGGCUGGCGACUGCCGCGCCGGCGUCGCGUUCUUCCAGGCUGCCAUACAAGCCGGCACUGACGACCUUCGCACCCUCAGCGCUAUCUACAGCCAACUGGGCAAUGCAUACUUCUACCUCGGGGACUACAAUAAAGCAAUGCAGUAUCAUAAACAUGACUUGACAUUGGCAAGAACAAUGAACGAUAAACUCGGCGAAGCGAAGGCAUCUGGCAACUUAGGGAACACGCUAAAAGUGAUGGGCAAGUUUAAUGAAGCGAUCCAAUGUUGUAAACGGCACCUAGAGAUAUCUCGCUCGCUGGGAGACAGGCUGAGCGAGGGUCGGGCCCUGUACAACCUGGGCAACGUGUACCAUGCCCAGGGCAAACAGUUGGGCAGAGUGGGGCAAAAUGAUCCAGGGCAGUUUCCCCAAGAGGUCCGCGAUUGUCUCAUGCAAGCUGUGGCUUAUUAUGAAGAGAACCUUGAGUUAAUGCGAAGCCUCGGCGACCGCCAGGCCAUGGGGCGAGCAUGCGGCAAUCUCGGCAAUACCUGCUACCUACUGGGCGACUUUGCUCGGGCCAUUAGAUACCAUACGGAGCGGUUGCGGAUCGCGCAGGAGGUGGGCGACCGCGCGGCUGAGCGGCGCGCCAAUAGCAACCUCGGCAAUUCGCACAUCUUCCUCGGCCAGUUUGAGAACGCGGCGGAGCAUUACAAGCGAACCUUAGCUCUGGCUGAAGAGCUAGGGGAUGCAGCGGUGGAGGCUCAAGCGUGCUACUCUCUAGGCAACACGUAUACGUUAUUGCGAGAGUACCGCACGGCAGAGGAGUACCACGCACGCCACUUGUCUGCAGCAAGGAAGCUGCAGGACAGAGUGGGCGAAGGCAGGGCCUGUUGGUCCCUCGGCAACGCACACGCGGCGCUCGGAAACCACGAGAAAGCCCUUUAUUAUGCAAAGGAACAUUACAAUAUUUCUAAAGAGCUGGGUGACGUGCUGGGUAUGGCCACAGCGCAGAUGAAUAUCGGCGAUCUGUGCAAAGUCCUAGGGCUCCCCGUGGACGCGGCGCCCGCGCAGCCGCAAGACGCACCCGCGCCACGUACACCCUUCAACGCGCUGCGAGUCAGGCGACAGAGUAUGGAGCAGUUAUCUCUGAUACAGAUAACACCAGACGCGAAGAAGAAAGAGGGAGAAGAGAAACAGGAGAGAGAGAUGGUGCGAGGGGAGUCUGAAGAAACAGAAGGACCUGCAGAAAUGUUUAUGGAGCUGGUAGCCCGCUGUCAAUCGGCGCGUAUGGACGAGCAGCGAGCUUCGCUGGAUAAGGAGAACCGCCCUCGAAGCAAGUUGCAGCGAGCAGCCAGUGGCCCGAACAAGAACCCUCCACCAGACAGCAUGCUGGAAAUGCUAAAUAUGAUCUCGGAUCUUCAGUCCGAACGCAUAGAUUCGCAGCGCGCGGAGCUACGUCCCGUCAAAAAGUCCCCCAAGGAGACGAAGGCAACCUCUCUGCCGGGGCUUCGUCCGACGCAAACCACCAGCACUCGUCCCGAGGAUGACUUCCUCGACAUGAUAGCGAGGGUCCAAGGUUCGACCCGCCUGGACGAUCAGCGCUCCGAGCUCCCGCGUCCGAAGCCCGAAGAACCUAAGCAGCCCGCGGAUGAAGACUUCUUCACCAACCUGAUGCGUGCCCAGGCUGGCCGGAUGGAAGACCAGAGGGCGAGCAUCCCGUUGAAGGAGUCAUCCCAGAACAAGCCGUCGAAUUCGAAGAAUGGCAAAUAAAGCACUUUCUUGUUAACAACCCCUUCACUACCCCCAUACUCUCCUCAUCCUCUCGUCUUUACAACGUUGAUAGAUUUCGAGAUACGAAACCCUAUAAGGUCAGAGCAAAAUGAACCUAAAUUUUCUUGUCUUAAAAUUAAAAAAAAAUUCAAAAUUUAAAAUAUUUUUACUCAACUAGACUUUUACAAGUUCUUUUGAAUCGUCAAAAGCAUCUACCACUGGUUCGGAAUGCCUUUCCUACCGAGAAUUAUUAAUUAAAGGUCUGAAUACGUCGGCGCUCCAAGCGAAAAUAUUGAAAGACAAAAAUCAAUAGCUCAGAAUAAAGGACUUCAAAGCGAUUACUUUUAGGUCUUUUUUACUCUGACGUUAGGUUUCCUAAGUUCGAAUUAGUCGAGAUGUUAAUAACACUUUUCUUCGGUCUAGUUAUAGCAUUUGCAUCAAUUUAUUCUAAAAUGUAAAUUACACACAGUCACAAGUUUUCCAUUACAUAAGUAAUUGAAAAAAUAUAUAUUCUUGAUACUAUUUUAUGAAUUUUGAAAAAAGACACCAUUAGAAGUAAACAAAUAAUUCAAAGCGAUAGUUAACUGUAUUAUUUUUAAUCAUAUUAGUAUCAAAUAGACUGAACUGAUAUGAAUAAUAUUGGAAACUAGCCGAUGCCCGCGACUUCGUCCGCGUGGAUUUAGGUUUUUCGAAAUCCCGUGGGAACUCUUUGAUUUUCCGGGAUAAAAAGUAGCCUAUGUG